GGGCAGACGGCGCCCGUCGAGGACGGCGAGCAGGACGCAGCAGGCGGGGGCAGCAGACCCUUCCCUCCCGGGGACCGGGGCGAGAUCAGCCGGGGGCCGCCAGCCCGGCCCGCCUCCCUCUCUCUCUCCAUUGGCAGACGCCUCCCUCCCUGCCCCUCUCCGCUGCGCCGGGCAGGUACCAAGUGGCCGGACCAGCGUUGCCACGGAUCCAGGUAGGGUGGCGUCCAAGGGUGUCCGGCGCCCUUGUCGGUGGCCCUCCGCAGCCUCCCCGGCCCGCCAGAAGAGAAGGGUGCUGGAGGGAGCUCCCGCACCGCUGAGCAGGGCGCGGCGGGUCUCCCGCUCUUUGGGGCCUCCCCCUGCAGGAGGCGCCCGUGGGCACAGCCCUGCCUGCCUCGCCAUCUAGCCGGGAACUGCCCCAUUCAAUGUCCCGGAGGACUUUUGGGGAGCCAGGGCGGAGAUGGGGGGGGGCGCGCGCCCAGGGGUGGAUCUACUAUGAUGAAACUAAUUCAGGGCCCCUAAUCCUGGAGGGGCCCCCAUUUAGUCUACAUUGCUUCUAAGAUUUGGGUCUAGUAGGCCAAGUUUGAUGGAUAUUUUUUUUGCUGGAUGCAUUUCAACGAUCCCAAAGUUUGCACAGAUGUUGCAAAGGUGUGGUGAUCCGUCGUGGGAGAAGAUAACAGUGGUUACCCAAGCCUUGCUUCUGGUUGCAAAGGGGCCCGCAUAACAGUUCAAGCUUCAGGGACCCCUCCCACAAAUGUAGGUCCGCCACUGGGGGCGCCUCUUCCUCCUCCACAGAUACAGCUUCGGUGCAGGGAGUGGCCCCCACCGAAACAAACCCCUACCCAAAGAAAGCCUAUGGCUGUCUUGAUACCUAGCAUGACUGUCCCCACUCCAGUUCUCCCUACAAAACGUUAGCGUUGCAAACUCUUGUGCCUCGUUUCCUCUCUUUUUGGGGGGGUGGCCUUGCCAGGACCCUCUGCUUGCGUGAUGAUCCUGGUAAAGGGAAACUCUAGCUUUUGCUUGCCAGGACUGUGAGCCUGGUAAGGUGAUAACUUAGGUACCCUUGUUUAAGUGAAGGUGUUGGUUGUCUUUAGGUGAAAAACCUCUGCACUUUGAAAACGAAAAUAGCUUGCAUGUUCAGCUUAGAAGUUUGUGUCUCCAAUAUUGUCCUAGAGGCAGAGGCUGCAAUCCAAGGCACUCUUUCCUGGGAGGAAGCCCCACAGAAUACAAAGGGGAAUUACUCCCAAGUAGACAUGGGGUGCAUGCUGUGAGGUAUGGCAAGGCAGAAAGGCCUUCUUCCAUUGGCAGAUGAGGAAGUGGCUGGCUUUCCACCAAUGUGUUGGAGGCUUCACCCUGAAAAUGGGACACCCCCCCCCUGCAGGCUGGCUGUAGGCAAGGGUGCAAGGCAGAGCAUCACCUCUCUAGCACCUUCAGAAUCUUAUUUUUUUGUAUCCUCUUGCAAUAAUAAUAAUGAUGAUGUUGCUUUGUACAUUUAUUGUGUUUAUUCUGCUCUUCACAGCCAAUAUAGCAUUAGGUCCUUUGCAAGCCAAAGUGUUACAAUAGAAUUAGUGGCUGGAGAGGAAGGGGUCUAUUUUUUUGGCCAUCAUAGCUAGACAGGGACAGAAAAUUCAAUUCAGUUCACAUUUAAAGGUGAACUUACCUAAUUCACACUUUCUGAAACAAUUUGUAAACCGAAACACAGCAAUCCCUCAUAAUUUGCACCUCUCCAGAAUUUGCAGUGCAGCUCCCCAGCUAAGAAUAUAUGCAUCCAACCAGCAAAUAUCCAGAGUAGCAUUAUAAAUAUUGUUUUGCGGAAAUACAUUUAUUAGGCAGUGUGGCAUACAAACGCAUCUAUUACAGAAGAAAUUCACACUAACAUGCUUAUGAAUUCCCAUGAAGACUUCUUAAGAAAUAUUGCAAACUGGUGUGGAAAUGUGGAAAACUGAAUUUAAUAUUGGAAAAAUGAGGAAUUGAGAUAAACCAAAAUUGACAAAUGGCUCCUCCCUCCUCAUAGCCCCUCACUGCUCCAGAGUAGCCUCCCCCAGAAAAUGAGGGAGGCAUCUAGUCUAAAGAGACAGCCAUGGUGGGUCCUUGAGCCAGCCAGAGCUGCAAGCCUUGAGGUGCAGGAGUUUGGAGAGAAGCCAAGAGGAAUGCCAGAAAUUAUGGGUGGCAGGGGACAGGGAGAUAAAAGAGGUGUCCAGGUUAAUCUUCCAUGGUCGCCCAGAGAAGCCUGAAGACCCCAAGGCAUGGCAUGUCCUGCUUGUUUAAUUAGAAGGUCAGGCUCCCUGUUAUUUGGGUGGGGACAGGUAAAGUAUUUAAUUAAACUGGCAGCUGCCUCCCCCCUCCCCCCCCCGAUUCUGCACAGGAGAGCAGAACUAUGCAUAACCACAAACUUUCACAUGCCACCCCAGUAGGGGGAAGCGUUAGGAAUGCUUUUAGCAAGUUAUAGAGGGGUAGGAGUAAAAAAAAGACCCACGCUGUUCAGCUCCACUGCUGCAGACACAGCCUGGGCGUUGGGGACGAGCCUCAGAGCCAGCACCUGCCUGAAGCAGGGCUGCCCUUUGCCCACUUCCUUAUCGCUUCCGCCCCAUUCCUUGUGGGAUGGUGAUGAGGCAGAGCUGUGGCUCAGAGCAGCUGCCUCAGGACUGGGCUGUGGCAAUCCCUUGGCUGGCUCCACGUCAGGGCUCCUGUUGAAACGCUGCUCCCAGGUCUGUCAGGUCUUGUUCUGCUGCAGAGAAACAGCUUUUCCUUUCCUUCCCUGCUCCCAGGAAUGAAGAUUUUUUUGAAGCAAAGGAGGAAGGAAGGUUGGUGCACAGGAGUGCCAAAGGGAGAAAUGGCUUCUUGUUUAGCAGUGACUGCUCUGUGGUGUUAUUGAUUGCAUCCCGCUUUAUUCUGCUUUAAAUUUUGUGAAGCGUUUUUCAUGCAUGGUAGGUUUGUUUUGUUUGUGCAUCUGCUGUCGUUGGACCCAGCAUCUUGAGACUCUCAACUUUCAUGUUCCAAAAAGGAAAUGCUCCCUGUCCUCUUUAAGCUGUGUUCAUGAAAUGGGCCGCUCCGUGGGCAAUGCCUGGUGGAGCUGGGAGGAUGGAAAAGGAAACAAGAAGGGAAAUGUUGCCCUUUGCCUUCCUUUGCCACAUGCAACAGAACACAAGUAUGCAAAUUAAUUUUGAUUCCUUUUAUUGGGUCCCUUCCAGCUUUACAAUUCUGUGAUUGCAAAAUUGCUGUAACAUGCACAAUUCAUAUAGGACAGGGAACAAACUUAUAUUGGAGCAUUGGUUGAGCAAUUUUGGCCCAAAAUGUUGAUUCCUUUCGCCAUAAUGCAGCUGUUGACGUUUUGCAGAUGUAAAAAGUGAGGCUGGUGGCUUCACAGAGCCUGCAGCAGGAGAUGGGGGGUGGAAGUAGGCUUUCCCAGACCCAAAUUUCCCCACCCAUUCCCACCAUGUCAUUCUCUCACUUGCUCAUUCGAGCCCCUCAAAUAACCAAACCGCUGGAGGGAUGGAAAGAUUCUGGGAACGGGGUCUUGCACGACCACAACCCCAAACAUCUCUGCCUCUUUUCUUUGUCCCAGGAGAAAAUGCUGUCCAACAAGGUGGAGAAACGGAUUGCCUCAUCCAUCUUCAUCACCCUCACUCCACCCAGGAGGGACCACAUGGUGAGAAGUGAAGCAAAGUCACAGAGGACUCAACUUCCACCCAGCAACUGCCUUUCCAAGGAGGCAUUGAAGUCUGCUGCUCCCUCCCUGAUCCAAACAUCUUCUGGUGCUGUUAAAGGGAGCAGAGGCUGCUACGGAGGGACAGUGGGCGUUUCCAAUGGAGGUGAGAGGAACUGAAAUCACAGUGAAGUGAUGCCGUAGUCUGUCCCAGGUGCAGGGGAAGCACAGAGAGGACAGGAGGACAGCUGGCCAAGACCCUUGUCCUGGAAGGGCUCCCUUUAGCCAAGGCUCAGCUGAGGAGCCCAUAUCCAGAGCCAGGAGUGUGAAUCAAUUAAAAAUACAAGCAUUCAACUAAGGGCUGUAGCUCUGUGGCAGAGGUUCAAUCCCUGGCGGCAGCAUCUCCAGGUAGGAUAGGGAAAAGAUCCCUUACCUUAAACCCUAGAGAGCUAUUGCUGCCAGUCAGUGUUGGCCAUACUGAGCUAGGUGGACUCGAUGGUCUGACUUGGAAUAAGGCAACUUUCUGUGUUCCUGUAGGUGUUUGCGUAGUGCUAGCAGUAGGCCUUAACUGUACCUUCAUAGAGUGUAGUAGGAAGAGAGGAAGCUGCAUUUGACAGAGUCAGACCUUUGUUCCCUCUAGCUCAGAAUGGUCUACUCUGACUGGCAGCAGCUGUCUUGGAUUUUAGGCAAGGAGUCUUUUUCAGCCCUGCUGGGUGAUGUCAUUGGGGAUUCAGCUUGGGGCCUUCUGCAUGCAAGACAGCGGCUCGACCGCUGACCUGUGGCCCCUUCCUGCUUUCAGUUCUGGGCAUCAGCAUCUGGGAGAGUAAUAAUGACCCCUCAGCUUGUUUAGAGUAUGUUUAAGAGUAACCCCUUAGCCUCCCACACUAUCUAGGGUUAAGCAGUAGGGGUUGGGGUUUGUUGGUAUCUCCUAGCAUAUCUUCUGAACAAGUCUGAGUUGCUGAACCUCUUGUUUUUAAAAUGUACAAAGAUGAUUAAACCAAGUUUUGAGUACUUAAGGCAGCUGUCGUUCUGUGUCUGUUUCAGGUUGUUCUGCCUUGCCAACUCCUCCCAUCCUGUCCUGUAAUGCAGUGGACCCUAGCCUGGAUAGCAUCUUUCCUCCACCACCACCAUGUUCUAAACCUUUCUCAGUGGAGACACUUGGUCCUGAUCUCCAGACACAAACAUCAGUUUCCCCCACAUCCUUGCAGGUAACCACCUUAUUUCUGCUGAAGGAUCUAUCUGGACAGUCACUUUUUAAUGCAAUAAGUGGGUAGUUUCUUCUCUCUUGGGCUGGUUCCACAUGACUUCAUAUCAGCUUGUUCUCUUUGUUAUUAUCGAGGACCCAGGCGAUAGUUGCUUCCUUAUUUGAGCCCUUAAACCUUGCUGAGGCAUUGUUUUCCUACAAUUAGCUGGAAGCUGAAUUAGAACAUCUACACAAAUAUUUAAUAUAAGUCUAUGUUAUCCAGCAAUAUCUCUACUUGUGGCAAAGAUCCUUCUGCAAUGUUUGUUCACAAAUAAGUCCCAUUUAGCAAAGGUUCUUUAAUCUUUUAAAAAGAAAGAGAGGGGUUGCUAGUAAAGCUCCCCCUGCUUGACCCCAGGGACAGAAACUGACACUGAGGUUGUUAAAAGAGGCUAUUAAUCUUCUACCAUGAUCAACAGGAAGCAAUAAAGUGGUCUGAACUUGCAAAAAGUAAACUUUUCACUAAAGGCACAAGAGCCCCUAAAAGCAUCAGUUGUGGUUCAUUUGCUCAUACCUUUGAAGCUAACCUCUGCCACCCAGAAAUAUAUUGUGAAGGUGCUUAGCCUGCCUUAGUCUACUUCUUCCUGUUUUCUAGACAACUUCAACCUUUGCAGCAGAACUGAGGCAACCUAAAAUUCUGACUUCAACCCUUGGUUGGGCUGGUAAGCAUCAGACAGAGAGGAAGGUGGAGAAUACUGUUGCAAAAGGUGAGAAUAAACUGCACACCAAGAAGGAAUAUGUAUGUGUAGAAAUCGGUUCUUUUGGGGACUCCAUAGAAUUAUUACAGGUAACUCACAACUUAUGCACAUUUAAUUAGUGUGUGUGUGUAGCUUUAUGUACUAAGCAAAAAAAUUAAAAAGGGGGUGGAAAUUGAACAAGAGUCCAGGAAAAAUGACUUUGGCAAUCCUACCUGCAAUUGAAACCAAUGUGUUUUGACCAUGUGCAGUUUUGGUUUUACAUGUGAUCUCCAGAACAUAACACCCAUGUUGAGAGUCACCUGUAUUUCCAAGGUGAUACUCUUUGCAAAGGUUCCAUGGACUGACCUUGGGAAAGGGAAGCACUGGCUCUAAAUAUACAGGAUUGUAUCCAGUGCUGGUCCUAUUCAGAGUAGACCCAUUGAAGUUAAUGUCCACUACUAGCUUAGCCCAUUAAUUUCAGUGGGUCUGCUAUGAGUAAAAUUUUGUUGGAUGGAAGCCCAUGUGAUUCUUUUUUUCAGAUAUCUGUGCUUUUUGUCACAAAAACAUCUCUCCUGGGACUCCCACGCUUGAGGCGAUGAACAAACAGUACCACGCUGACUGUUUCACAUGCCGAACAUGUCACAGUGCCCUGGUGGGGCAGCGCUACUACCAGAAAGAGGGACGGCCCCUGUGUGUUGCCUGCUACCAGGUACAUAUCUCUGCCUCUUCUCCUCUCCCCUGCUUUGUGGCUCAAGGUCCACACCUUAUUUGUGUGCCCUCUCCAAAAGAGGUGUGGAGGGUGGCAACAUGAGAAUGGGCCUUUUCAGUGGUAGCUCCCUGAUUGUGGAAUAGUCUCCCCAGAGAAGGAGGCCUGGUGCCAUUAGUGUUUGUUUGUAGAUUCCAGGCUUAUGGCUUACGGUUUUUAAUGGGGAGGGUAGUAAAUCCUCCUCAAAGUAAAUCCAUUGAAGUUAAUGGCCAUGACUUACUUAGAUUCAUUUAAUAGAAUUGUUGAGUUGAAAGGUACCCCAAGAGUUAUCUAGUCCAGGCAUAGGCAAACUCGGCCCUCCAGAUAUUUUGGGACUACAACUCCCAUCACCCCUAGCUAACAGGACAAGUGCUCAGGGAUGAUGGGAAUUGUAGUCUCAAAACAUCUGCAGGGCCGAGUUUGCCAAUGCCUGAUCUAGUCCAACCCCCUGCAGUGCAGUGUGUCUACUCUGAGUAGGUCUUGGUUGGAUACAACCCGGGGUGUCUUACACACUGAGUGUUUUGAGGAAAGCAUCAGAAUGCAUGCUAUUGACUCCCUUCAAUCAGGACACUGAAAAACUGCAUCUAACAUCUCUCUGCUUCAUUCCGGAUACAUCCUGCCCUCCCAGAACACCCUGGAGAAGUGUAGAAAGUGCCAGGCCUUAAUCGUGAACCAAAUUGUGCGGGCCAUGGGCCACGGAUUCCACCCGGAGUGCUUCACCUGUGUUGUAUGCCACCGGGCCAUUGGCGACGAGGUCUUUGCUGUUGGCGACGACGAUGCUGUGCAUUGCCUGGAUGACUUCUACAGGUAUGGCGAUAAGAACUAAGCACUACUUGAAUGGUGGAUUUGAUCUCCUUUUCCUCGUACCAACGAAGUUGAUGUCUGGGGUGCCCUGAGUGACGCACACAAAGCACGCAGAGUUUAAGAAGUAUUUGGGAUAAGAUAAAGUUUGUGCCUGGAGGAAUGGCAGAUGAAAAUGAUGGACUACAUGGAAUUGGCGGAAAUGACUGGCAGAAUCCGUGACCAGGGAGAAGAGUCAGUGGAAGAAGAUUGGAAGAAAUUAUUUACAGAAAUAUUGCAAAAUUAAUGAAUGUUAGAGUGAUGUUGGAUUGAAAUUAAGUGGCUUCUAGCUGUACAGGCUUCAAAGUUAUAAAUAUAUCAAGAUUAAGGAUCAGGAUUAAAAAGGUUAAAAGAAUGGAAAAAUUGGUUUUUAAUAGGUAAAAAUUUAAUGUUAUAUUAUAUUAAGAUUAAGGAUUGGGAUUAAAAAGGAGGGAAAGGAAUUGCUGGACUAACAAACUGAAUUGGAAUACAAAAGAGGGAGGUAUGAGGAGGUCCGGGAAACAAGUAAAUGUAAAAGUAGUGAUGAAAAGAUGGAAUUGUUUUUAACUGUUUUUUCUUUUUUCUUUUUGUAUUUUGCAUUGUGUAUUUUUCUUUUUAUUCUUGAAUUUUUCUUUUUUGUUGAUGUGAUUCUUUCUUUGGGAAACUUUAAUAAAUAUCAUUUUUUUAAAAAAAUAAAAUAAGAUAAAGUUUGUGCCAUGGACAUGCAGAGGGAAUCACAGUCACAAUCUGUCUUUUCCCUCUUCAGGAAGUAUGCUUCUGUGUGCAGUGCCUGUGAGAGGCCCAUUAUCCCCAGUGACGGAAGGGACUCCUACAAGAUAGAGUGCAUGGGGCAAAACUUCCAUGAGGACUGCUACCGCUGUGAAGUAAGCCUGGGAGAGGGUUUGGUGUCCAAUGGCUGAGGUCAUGCAGUGUGGGAGGGAGACUAACCAAGAUCAUCACCACGAGCCAAGUUUGAAGGCGAGUGCCAUUCUUUAAAAUGUGAAAUACAAGUACUGUUCAAAGGUUUUCAAUCAUACAGUGGUGCCCCGCAAGACGAAUGCCUCGCAAGACGGAAAACCCGCUAGACGAAAUGGUUUUCCGUUUUGGAGGUGCUUCGCAAAACGAAUUUCCUAUGUGCUUGCUUCGCAAGACGAAAAUGUCUUGCGAGUUCCUGUGGGGUUUUUUUCCUUCCCCCCCCCCUUUUUCCCAAGCCGCUAAACCGCUUAUCAGCUGAUGGGCUAAGCCGCUAACAGCUGAUCGCUGCCGCUAUCAGCUGAUCGUUAAGCCGCUUAUCAGCUGAUCGUUAAGCCGCUUAACAGCUGAUCGCUAAGCCGCUUAUCAGCUGAUCCGCUAAGCCCGCUAAGCCGCUAAUACUGUAGCGCUAAUCCGCUAAACCGCUAAUGGGCUUGCUUCGCAAGACGAAAAAACCCGCAAGACGAAGAGACUCGCGGAACGGAUUCUUUUCGUCUUGCGAGGCACCACUGUACAUCAAAAGUAAACGAGGAAUAACAGAGAGAGGUGGAGAAUCAGGGGAAGGACUGCAGCUCAGUUCAGUGGUGGAGCAUCUAUUUUGAAUGUGAAAGGUCCCGACAUCUCCAGGACUCCCAAGUUGCAGCUCACCAAAUGAAUGUGGACAAGACAAAAUAUUAUGGAUACUUCCUUUAUAACAAAAGAGGGGGCAUAUGAACAAAUGCACUGGAGCUGUGUUUGAAGGACUAGUAAAUAGGUAAUAAGCAGUGUUCGAAACUUCCAUUGUUCUAUACGCAUUUUUGCGACAGGGAAUUUCAUUAGGGCAGUUUCUGAGCUCUCGGUGCAGUACUGCACCUAAGAUUUCAGACUGAAACUGCAGAAUGGAAGGAAAAGAGGUCCUUUUUCUGCCUCCCCACUUCCAACUAGUUUCUGAAGACUAGAGAAGAGACCCUCUUAAUAUUAAUAUUAGGGGGUAGGCAGGGGAAGAACUAGAGCACGUGAAAAAUGAACAUAAUACUUUAGCUGCAGUUCAUUAAUUUUUAGCUUUGUAUUCUUGUUAUAAAAAAGUGCGCCUAGACAUCCUGUUAUUGCGCCCAUAACCUAGGUUUAAGGUUCCAUUUAGCUCCUAGCUUUCAUAUCUCAGUUUCUAACACUGGUAAUAAGGUGUGAGUGUUCGGGAUCUGUAUAGAGAAGGUCUGCACAAAUAGCUUUAAACUGUUGUGACCCAGGAACACAGAAAUCUGUCUUAUAUUUAGUCAGACCAGCAAUGGCUCUCUGGGGUUUUAGGCAGGGGUCUCUCCCAGCCCAACCUGGGGAUGCUGCCAGUGGGGAUUGAACCUGGGACCUUCUGCAUGCAAAGCAGGUGCUCUGCCACAGAGCUACAACCCUACCCAUAAAGGGACGCUAACCACAGACAAACACUCUAUUUGUUCCUUUCAUUCUGCAGAGAUGUUGGGUCUUGCUGUCCCCAGAACCCACAGAAGAGGGCUGCUACCCUCUGGGAAGCCACCUCCUCUGCAAAUCCUGCCACAUCAGACACACUGAAGAAUCAUCUUGCUGAGCAAAUGAAUCACAAGCAUAUUUCCAGACGCUGCAGCGCAGGAACCAGGCAGUGGUGUGCUUGAGCAUUUGGACGUCCCCGUUUGUGCCUCUCCUGUUAACUUUCAACUGAGCCUUGGGGUGGGGGGGAACCUUUCAGUGUUGGGGAUUAGUCCUGGGGUUGUGUGUAAUGCAAAGGUUGGCAACAAGGCUGGCUAAAAGUCUAGGGUGGAGUUAUAGGAGUCUCCCCCUACCGUAUUGUUCUUCCUUCCAGUGGCCUUGGCUGUAACAGCCUGUAGCAGUGCAAUGCCUCUCCUGGGAGAGAGACUGAGCCAGGAGAAGGGGUUUUUUUUACCACUAGAGGGCACAUGUGAAAGGUGGUCAACUGUCAAUCAUCCAUGGGCGGGAUUCCCCCCCUGCAGGCUGCCAGUUGCUUUCCACUGGUGUAAUAUAUGAGCAUCUUUUUCCAAAGAGGGCCAAUUGCUAGAUAUAUAAUGUGUGGAACUCUUUUCACCCAGCAGAACAUGGUAUGGAUGUGUGUGCAGCUCAGCUGCAAGGCGGUUGAUGGAUUCCAAACUUUUUUACUUGGGAUUUAUUCCCUACCUUUUGCUUCGUCAGUCCAGCAAAGCCUCAAGGCUGUUGGGAGCAAGACUAUUGGUAUAAAAGCAGCAGAACCUUACAAGCACCUUUCUUUUCCUGACUUUAUGUUUCCCUCCUUGUUCUUCAGAGCCCUAUCUGAAAUCCCAUGGCAGGGCUGAGAGUAUAGCUUCUUGUCAUUGAGCAUGGGGAAUAUAAGUCUUAGGAUCACUUCUAUCUGGGAGAUCUCUGGAGGGAACUGAGCAGUAAGUUGUUAGGAAGCUUUAUUACAGGGUCUUUUAACAAUGUAAGUCCACAUUCCCAGCUGUCAUCCACCUUGCUUGAAGAGGUGAUAAGGAAGGAGGUGAGGCCUGGAACAAAUUCAGGUGUGUCGUGACCUCACAAAUGCAUCAGGCUUAAUCUGUGGGCAAAAGGCUAAGCUCCAGGACCAGAUCUGUGGCAAGGCUCAAAACAUGUGAUGUGGUCAUGAAGGCAAGCCUGCUUUUGAGCAAAUACAGAACACACCACAAGGAAAGGACUAUAAACUGGGCCUUGCCAUCUGUAGAUUUGCUGUGUUGUUAAUGUAUAAAUUAAGACUAUCACACCUUAUUGUGUGAUACUUUUGGUUUUGCUUGGAGGACCAAUCUCUGAGAAAAACACCUAAUUGUGACUCAAAUGCUUGCACCAGUAUCAACCUGGGCAAAUGUUUCAUUUUGCCUGAUAAAACUUUACGGCUGUAUGUGUCUAUAUGCACACUCUCUUGUGCACACUGAAGGCACCUUGCCCAGCCCAUUAACACACGUCUUAUCCGCCAGGGGGCAGCACAAGGCAACACUACCUUAAUAGCAGGUUCUGGCAAAGGCUAUUUAUUAGGUAUGGGGAAGAGGGUCUUUCCACCUUCAUUUUAGCCUGAAACUGUCACGGUAUCAAAAAUUGUUUUGCAGUCUUAAUCAUAUAUAUAUAUUUGUACCAAUCAGUUGUUUAAAUGUACGGAAACAAUGUAUGGGGUUUGGGAUUGUUAUGACUAUUAUGAUUUUUGUAUGCUUUUGAUAUCUUUCCUGUCUGUCUGCUGGACUGUGCUGAUGUUCACUUGAGUUUUUCCCCUCUGGAAACAAUAUCAGGAAGCCGUAGCUGGCAUCAAAAUUACCACACAUAUACGCGAACUUGAUUAAACCUGACUUCAAAUGCAAUGGCUUUCUUCUGUUUUGAUGUUACAAGCAAAUAUAUACAGUGGUACCUCGGGUUACAGACGCUUCAGGUUACAUACGCUUCAGGGUUACAGACUCCGCUAACCCAGAAAUAGUACCUCGAGUUAAGAACUUUUCUUCAGGAUGAGAACAGAAAUCGCGCGGCAUUGGUGUGGCAGCAGCAGGAGGCCCCAUUAGCUAAAGUGGUGCUUCAGGUUAAGAACAGUGUCAGGUUAAGAAUGGACCACUGGAACGAAUUAAGUACAUAACCAGAGGUACCACUGUAAAUGGAUCCUAUAAUGCCAUUAUGUGAUUUUCUGGUUAAAUCAAUUAAAAAUACAAGGUGAGAAUGCUACAGGGAUCCAAACUGUAUGCUGUAGCCUUUCCCAACCUGGAGCCCUCAAGGUAUUUUGGACUACUCACAUCUGUCCAGUCAUGCUGUCUGGGGCUGUUGGGAGUUUUAGUCCAAAAUGACCAUGCUGACCUGCUGGGAAUUGCAGUUCGAAACAGAUAUGCUGGCCUCAUCUUCUGCUUGUGGCUACGGUCUCACUGUGCCCUGCCCAUGUCACUUGAGGGGCAGAUAUACCAGCAAAAGUGCCCACUGGGGAAGGAAAUUGGAUACUGGGGGAGAGAAAGAGAGGACCCAAGACUGGAGCAAAUGAAUGAGGGGGAAAGGGAACGCUCUCGGAGGCCAUUCAAACACUGUUGUUCCAUUGCCAGUGAUUGCAAUUCCCAAUUUAAAUGGAUACAAAUACAAGGAACCAGCAACCUUGUAUUCAGCGUUGCUCAGUAAUACUAAGAAACAAUAAAAUAAAAAUAAAACAGGGCAGUUUUGAAAUCUUUGGUUAAAAUCGGCAGUUUUGAAAGGUUUUGUCAUCCAUUUGUAUCCAAACAUAGAUGAAAACCUCCUACUUGAUCUCCGGAUAUGAUGUGAGAUAUCUUAAGAGAUGUAUACUGAACAGAUAAAUGGAUUUCCAAAAUAUUAAAAACAUGAGAUCACAAAAACAGAAGAACCAUGGCUCUAAUAUCCCAGACUGAUCAGGUAAUGUCUCCUUAUUGCUUUUUCAUGGCAUAAAAAAACACAUUCGCUGAGGCACCAUUUCUAAAAGCUGAAAGCUUACCGUGCGCAUUAUCUCAAGAGUUCUUUAUAUCUAAUUAGUAAAGUAGGUCAUUUUUUCUGUCAUCUUAUCCCAUUAUUACAGAUGCAGACUAAGAGAGACAAAAAUAAAUACACGGAUGACAGAAAGGUGGGGCAAUAAUCAGGUCUUGAAUCAGGUGCAAUUAUUUCUCAGUGUCACCCUAAGUUUUCAGUGCACACAGUUGUUGCUGUGAUAAAGCUGUUGGGGCUUGAUACUGCAAGUUACACAAGGAGUUAUUAAAUAAUGUUUCUGAAAAUAGAUAUGCAGGUCUGUGCUUACCACCCCAGCUUUGACACUCUAGCCUUUUAUUCCUCAAUAUCAUACCACUGUUACAUGUUAAUACAACUAAUCACUUCACGAAAGGUUACGGACCGACCGGCAUUUCUUUUGAAAUGUUCCCUUGAUGCAAUACUUGGAAGAAGAUGCAAUUGUAACCCUAGUGUGGAAUUGGAUCGAGGUAUUUUGCCAGCGCAAUUGGAGAGGGGUCCUUUGCCACCAGCAAUUGGAAAUCCCUAAAAUAGGGCUGUUCCUGGCAUGCCCUUUUGGGUGUUUGCGUAAAUGCCCCAGAUUGGGAAAAGUAGAUUAAAAAACCAUUCUUGGCAACCAUCCUUUGGGUGUCUUAAGGCAAGAGGGUGGGCCCAGGGUGCAGUCUGGGUCUCUUCAAAUCUGUCUUCUGCAUGUGCCUUGACAUGUUUGGUACGUGUGAAACAAGAGUAUUCAUUUCCUUAGCAUUGUGUAAGAUCAGGAGUGGCAGGUGCCUAUGUAUGUUUACUUGUGAGUAAGUUACACUAGGCUCAAUGGGGUUAGUGUGUGUAGGACUGCAGACUUAAGAGGCUGAGCAUAGCUGGGGUUCAGCAGACAGUGGCUGCCACUUUUUCAUCAUGUUCAAAAAUGUUACCGCUUGCCCACCUUUAGCAUUUUUCUUCGGUGAAGGCAGAAUUGUGUGUCUAAACGAACUCCAGACAGACUUGGCCCCAGGGUGUGUUUUUUUGAGCAAGAGCUCAGGGGAACUGAGUCGCCUUAACUUAAAUAAUAUUUUUUUGGGGUCUUUUUGUGGGGUAGGCAGGCUGGAACGGAUAUACACCCAAUGCCUUUGCUAAAAAUCCACCUAUAUAUGUAAUAAAAGUCAUGGCCAUUUCUAAUCCAAAUCAUUGUCUGCUUGAGUUUAUUAAUUAUAUCUUACAUUUAUCCACUGCCCAGGGGAUUAGCACUGUGACUGGGCCCACAGUAAACAAACAAACAAACUUUGUGGCGAGUUCCUGCACCUUUUUUCCAGAAAAAAGCACCGCUUGGCCCCUUCAAAAACAUUCAGCUUAAAGUAGUGGUGAGAGAAAAUAGUUUUAUGUUUAGUUUACAUUCUCUUAAUUACAAUUGUCUUUGAUCGGUGUAUAUCAAACUCAACAGAUACAAUAUAGAUAAAAUCAGUUAAAAACUCAUAAUAAAUACCUGAAAUAAAAAAAUGUUUAACUGACCAUGGGGGUGGGGGUGAACUUAGUAAGCAGCAAUUUUUUAAAAAUGCAGAGUGUAAUUAUGCCAGUAUCACUCAGAAAAUAGAAAUUGCCACUGAAACCUCUGUAUUUAAUAAAUAAGCCCUGGAUAUUCUGUGGCGUCCUGCUCAUUUUACCUCACUGAUGUGGCCAAAGGCUAGACAUGCGCAAAUUUUGUCAGGUUUUAAAGAGCUAAACUCUACAAGAACUGCCUGGCCUCUCCCAGUGGUAGCCCAAAUGGACAUGACCAUCCAAAGUUUUCUUUUUAAAAAAAUAUUUUUAUUAAACAAUUUCAACAUAACAAUUUAUCAAUCCAAGUAUUCAAUUACAUUAUUUCCCCCCCUCCUUCUCCCCCCCCCCAAGACUUCCCUCAGCUCCCCUCUCUGGUUUCUUUGCACAUAUUGUUCUCUGCAUAUUAUAAAAUUGUACAUAUUCUUGUCUUGUCUAUCAUAUAUUCAACUAAUAAAUUUGCGGAUGUUUAUUCAAAACCUGCCAAGGAGUCCCAAGUCAUUUUGUUGUCUUUUUAAGUAGUUUGUAAAAAGUUCCCAUUCUUCCUUGAAGUCACGAUUGUCCUUGUCACGCAGUUUAUAUGUCAACGUGGCCAAUUCCGCAUAGCUCGUCAAUUUUUCAUGCCACUUUCGUUGGGAUUUACUUGUUCUUCCAUCCUUGUGCUAACAAGACUCUUGUCGCUGUUGUAGCAUAUAUAAUUUUGUUUUUAAUUUUUCUUGGAAGGUCUUGUCCUACAAUCCCUGACAAAAAUGCUUCUGGGUUUUUUUUUUGCAAAUGUCAUUUUAAACAUUUUUUUCAAUUUGUUAUAUAUCAUUUCCCCAAUAUUUUUUUAUUUCUCUACAUUCCCACCACAUAUGAUAAAAAGUACCUUCUUUUUCUUUACAUUUCCAACAUAUAUUUGACCCGGUUUUGUACAUUUUUGCUAUUUGUACUGGUAUUAUAUACCAUCUGUACAUCAUUUUCAUAUAAUUUUCUUUUAAAAGAGAACACUCUGUAAAUUUCAGAUUUACUUUCCACAAUUUUUCCCAGUCCUCCAAUUGUAUGUUAUGUCCUAUAUCUUAUGCCUGUUUAAUCAUGACUGAUUUGACCUCCUCAUCUUUUGUUUCCCAUUCUAGCAGAAUACUAUAUGCUUUCUUCAGCAGCUUCCCUUCUUCUUCUAUAACUUCCUUUUGAAAUCUGGAAGUUGUGUAACUAAACCCUUUCUUAUUACUUUCCUUAUACAUCUCAUGUAGUUGUCUAUAGUGUAGCCAACUCUGAAAAUGGUCUUCGAUUUCCUCAUACAGUGGUACCUCGCAAGACGAAUGCCUCGCAAGACAAAAAACUCGCUAGACGAAAGGGUUUUUUGUUUUUUGAGCUGCUUUGCAAGACGAUUUUCCCUAUGGGCUUGCUUCGCAAGACGGAAAGGUCUUGCAAGUUUGUUUCCUUUUUCUUAACACCGUUAAUACAGUUGCGACUUGACUUCGAGGAGCAACUCAUAGAACGCAGUGUGGUAGCCUUUUUGAGGUUUUUAAAGACUUUGGUGAUUUUUGAAGCUUUUCCAAAACUUUCCCGACACCGUGCUUCGCAAGACGAAAAAAAUCGCAAGACGACAAAACUCGCGGAACGAAUUAAUUUCGUCUUGCGAGGCACCACUGUACUCUUUUAAUUUCCAUUUCCCUUCUUGAUCCCUCAGUAGAUCUCUAUAUGUAGGCCACUUCCCCGUUUUGCCAAGCGGUUUGAGUAACAAAGCUUCAAUUCGUGAUAGCCACCAAGGUGUUUUUUGUUCUAUUGGAUCUUUGUACCUCUCCCACACCCUCAUUAGUGAAAACCCAAAGUUUUCAACUGGGGUCUGAAGCGUAGUAAUCCUUUGUCUGAUUAUGGUUCUGGAAAACCCCUUACAGGGAGUGGAGACUCUUACGAAUAAACUAAAUGAAUUUGGCAUGCUAGCAGGUUUUAAGAUUAACCAUAAGAAAAUGAACAUGGCAACAGAAGAUUAAAAGACCUUGAUGGAGAAAACUGAAUUUCAAAUUGGAAAAAUUAAAAUAUUUGGAUAUCACUAUCCAAAUGAAUUGUAUGUUGUUUCAAGACAUGUUAAGACAUGGACAGAAAUUUAAAAAGAUUUGUUAAGAUGGGAGAAAUUAAAAUUGCCACUGCUGAAGAGAAUUUAUGUGAUAAAGAUGAAUAUAUUGCCCAGGAUGAUGUUUUGGUUCCAAACACUGCCUAUUAUAGCUAAUGACUUACCAUUUAAACAAUGGCGAAAAGACUUAUCCAAGUUUUUAUGGCAAGGGAAAAAACCAUGUGUUAAAUUUAAAAUAUUACAAGAUGCAAAGGAAAGGUGAGGAUUGGGCACACCCACUUUAAAAUUGUAUUUUGCAGCCUGUUCUUUAGUGUGAAUGAAGGAGUGGAUGACAUUGAGAAAUAAGAGACUCUUGGAAAUAGAAGGACAUGACCUAAGGUUGGGAUGGCAUGGACAUUUGUGGUAUGACAAAGUUAAAGUUAAUGUGGACUUUAAAAAUCACUUUAUUAGACAUGUCAUAUUAAGAAUCUGGAAUAAAUAUAAACACACCUUUCUGGAUUUCAUCACAAGAAGCUUUCUACAGAGAAUGGAUGACAGGCAAAGAAAAAUAGACAACAUACCAUGAAUUACUGUAUUAGAAUUGCAUGAAGGAGACUAUAAAACUAAAACAAGGGAACAACUAGUAGUGAAAGGUUAUAGUUUGCAGUGGUUUCCUUAUAUGCAAUUAGCAGUAGGUUUAAACUGGAUAAAAAUACUUUUGGUAUAGAGCAAGGAAAGGCGGACUUUGAAAUUCAACUGUGCACAGAUUAUGAACAUGUUAUUGCAAAAAUGUACAAACAUUUGUUGAAAUUUGAAACAGAAGACCAAGUUUAAGAAUGAAUAAAUGGGCAAAAUGUUUUGAUUAUAAUAUAUAGAUGGAACAGUGGGAGUAUAUGUGGACCAAAGGGUUAAAAUUUACACCGUGUUAUGAUAUUAAAGAUAACUUUUAUAAAAUGAUGUAUCAUUGGUACUUAACUCCUGAGAAACUAUUUAGAAUGUAUAAAGGUGUUUCAAAUGUUUGCUGGAAGUGUCAAGAACAUGAAGGGACAUUUUAUCAUGUUUGGUGUACAGGUAUAAAGGCUAAAAAAUAUUGGAUACCAAUACAGUGGUACCUCGGUUGUCGAACGUAAUCCGUUCUGGAAGACCGUUCGACUUCUGAAACGUUUGACAACUGAGGCGCAAUGGGUGGUUGGCAAGUUCCAUUGAGAAAAAUGGAGAAACGCACCUUGGAAGCCGUUUGACUUCCGAGGCACAUUCAAAAACGGAAGCAUUCACUUCCGGGUUUUCGGCAUUCGGGUUCUGAAUCGUUCGGCUUCCGAGACGCUUGAAAACUUAGAUUCCAGACAUUGAUACAGCAUAUUUUAAAUAUUCAAUUGAAGCCAUAACUUUUCUUUUAGGCUUAAUGGGUACAUAAUUGGAAAAGGAUUAUGGAAGAUUAUUUCAAUAUAUGAUCCCAGUGGCAAGCUGUUAUAUGCACAAAUUAACGUGUUUAAUUGGAGAAAAAUCAUUAUUGACAUUUAUUAAGUAUCGGAAACUUAUUACGGACUUUUUGCGUGAAAGAGAAAAUGUAAUAUUUGAACACUGAAAAAGUAAUGGCUUAAAGAAAAUUUGAAUAGUUGGAUGUCAGCCAUGGGUAUGGGCAGGGAGGGGCAGCUGCCCCCCCAUCAAGUAAAUACUUUAAAAAAGGACCAAUCGUGUUGCAGAUAGCUUGGAUCUGCCCCCCCCCCCAUAAAUUCUGGCUACCUCCAUGAUGCUAAUUUGAGUGAAUUAUUGGGAAAAGUUACUAUAUUUAGCUGACAGAGAGGUAAUUGAAGUCUUUUCAUGGCUUAUUCUUCUGGUUUUUUCCUUUAUUUGCUCCUGUUUUAGAUUAGAUUUUUAAAAUAUUUAUUUUUUUAUAAAAAAAUAUGUUUAGCAUUGGGUAUAAACGUUUGUAAAUAUUUCAAUGUGUGCCAGUAAAACUCUUUUGAGGGGGAGGGGAAUUAAUAACAGAGCAAUUAAUAACACUUUGUAACCAAUGCUACUCCAAAUUCAAGAGUAGAUUCAUCGAAAUUAAUGCGCCUGACUAAGGGUUGCAUCCAAUGCUGGUUCUGCUUGCAGUAGACCCAUUGGUCUUAAUGGCCCUGCCCAGAGAACUCAGCUGGAAACCACCCAUGGAGUGGGGAAGGCCUUGGUUCAAGAGAUCUCGCGCGUUUUCACGAAAAGCGCGCGUGGCGGAGGAGCGCGGCAGCGCCCUCAUUUCCCACUCGGUGGCCUCUCGCGGGUACUGCAGCCGCAUACGCGCAGAAAGCCUUUGGCGGGCUUCUCUCGGCCUCUCUCUGCCCACAAAAUGGCCGCCCAGGGAGGCUACAAAAUGGCGCCCACAGAAGGACGAAGAAGGAAGAGAAGGUGGAGGCGAGGGGGGGGGCGGUGUGAGGAAGGAAGGCAGGAAAAGCUGCACUGCGGAUUUGUUUGUAAAAAAAAAAAACCAAAAAAGCCCAAAACAUGGGAAGGGAAAACGCUUCUUCCGUUUCCAGUUAUUUCGAAUAAAAGGGCCGCUGCCUCCGUCUGAAAUUGCAGCAAUGCUACCGAAAUUUUAAUUCGCACAGCUACUCCCCCCCCCCAAUGUAUACUUAUAUACGUGUUUUAAUGGAGGCCCCAUAUUACCCACUGCGAUCCAGCAUGGGUUGGAAGGGAAGCGUUGUACUUUGUAUUUUGAAUUAUUUUGAAUUAUUGAAAAUAGCCACCGUGCUUUUACUCAACGUUGUUAACAGGUCGCCGUCCCCACAAGCCUUUUACCACACAUCCAAUUUCACCACCUCGUUUUCAACCCGGCUGCGUUUCUGCCACACCAUGUCCGAAUACACCCCUUUGUAACUUCUUGAUUCGGUUUAAAAGCACACACCCUCGCUCUAACAUUAACAUCUAAAUCUGGAAUUUGUCCCUUACCCCCCCCCCCCCAAAAAAUGGCUCCUUUUUUCUGCUGAAAUAAGAAGUCUUGUUCAUUCUAACCUCCCCCAUUUCAUUACUAGUUUACAUCUAGUAAACUAGAGUCUUUUGCAACCCGAGUCUUUGCACAAACAAUGCCUUUGUUUUUAGCUAAGACGAGAUCUUCCCGGGAUUUAAGUCACCGCGAAAGUGAUCAGACUCAGCCCCAUUUUUUUACUCAAAACAAACAUGCUGUUUCCUACCCCCCGCAACCCCUUUCCCUGACACAAUUUUGCUAUUAAAAAAAGCACUUGGAUAAACUUGAAAUCUUAAUUGUUUUUUUUAAUUAUUAUUCAAUGCAGACCCACUACAGUACUCCCUACGAAUAAAAACCGUUUAAAAAUGGACACACACGCACAAACACACCCUUGAAACAAACAAACAAAAAAACCCCUCUUCCUUAAAAUACUGUCUAUUUCAGCUCACAUACGUUACACUUGCUGGAUUAUUACCUUUGUUAUCGCUCCGUUCGCAUUUAAACUACAAUGUAUCCUAAAAGAAAGGCAAAGCCGGGGAGGCAAAACCCCCAUCCAAAAAAUAAAAAAUAAAAAUACCGAAAAGACAGACACAACCCUUUUAAUUAAAAAAAAAUCAUCAUCAUCAUCAUAAUCCAGGAAUGAUUUGGCUUUUAUUUUUCAGGUUUAAUCCACUGAGAUGCAGGCUUGUCCUAAGGAAAGAGGCAGGUUUUAUUUUUAAAAAAAAAUUUAAAAAGAGAGAAAAGAAGAAAUCACUCCCUGGCGUUGCAAAGGAAUGAGAUAUAUAUUCCAAGCAGACAAACCCUCAAAAGGAUUGAAACGUGCAGCCUUUUUGGUUUUGUUUGUUUGUUUUAAUGGCAGGCUAUUGUUUUCCAAGAGGCUCCUCUGAAAUCCACCAUUGCUAGUGUGCCAGGCAUUCCUCCCAACUGGCGUGGUGUGCUUUGUUUUUGCUUUUGUUUUGAAAUAAUCAUGAAAUGUGGAGAAGGAGGAGGAGGAGGAAGACGAGGCAUCGUGGUGGUUGUGGGCACUGCUGAGCCCAGAGAGAGCGCGCGAGUAUCUUAUGCAUUUGCCUGGUACUCUU